AUGGAAAUUAUUUUUAUAUUCAUUUAUUUUACUGUUGUAACUCUCUUCAUUAUUUGGAAAUCUUUUGAAGAAAAAUAAUCAGAAGAACAAUGGACCCAUACUCUUAGUUAAAUUCAUCAAUCUUUGCAAGAAUUAGCAUUAACCUAUGAAAAUAAAUAACAUUCUCACAUGUUAGAUCAUAUUAAAGAAAAUAUGAAAAUAUUGUCUUAAAUGCAAGAAUAAUUUUUAAAUAGUAAUUAUUGUCUAAUAUACUAUUAGCCCUCUUAUAAACUCAAAAUUCAAUGAUCAAAAAAAUUAAUAGUUGUCGUCUUAGCAGUCGAUCUUUGAAUUACAGUUACAGAGAAUUAUCAUUUGAUAAUGAAUUAAAGUUUUAAUGA